UCACAGCACAGAGCCACAGCAGCGGUGCGGGAGGCUACAUACUGAACGACGCUACUGCUGGGGAGGACCAGUGAUACAGCAAAACCAAGACCAACACGAGGAUUCAGUGGAAUGGAUUUAACCUUUGUGCGCCGCUAUUAAGUGAACGUAUUCGUUUUUACAUCACUGUGCAUCGGAUGAAAGGUCGCUUGUUUUGAUUUUCUUUCCUUUGAGAAAAUUCAGCAGUAUCACUGUAGUCUGUUUAGCUAGCCGGUGAUGGAGACUGGCAGCUAGCUAGCUGACGUUACUCCUCUGUCAGGCUAGCAUUUCAUAUAACGCUAACUUACUCAGAAGCUAUUUUUUUCUCCUUUAUGUGGGUUCAUUGCAGCAGAGCAUCUUAUUAGAAAUCACCCAGAAUGUUAGCUCAUGUUUAGCAAAGGCGCAGACGUAUAGCAGUGGUUGUUAACCGGCGAAGUACAACUGGCAUCAGCUGACGUUAGCUCGCUAGCUCCUGAACAAGCGGCCACUAGCUUCUUUUGCCUCGCUAACUGUCACAGGAUAACACUGAAUCGUGAAUGGGAGGCUGUGAAUAUUGACACAACUUUGCCUGAUAUUUAUAAACAGCCGCCUGACGCCUGGGUGAAGUUUUUUUUUUUUUUUUUUUGAUCGUGUUGUCUGUGGACCGUAGUUUUGUCAAAACGGCGCCGUUAACGAACUGCAACCUUAUUGCAUACUGUCAGAGACCAACUACCGCCCGGAUUCUCUCGAUAUGCAUCAUCCGGACCCUGCAGGAGACUCUGGCAGUGUUAGAAAGAUGGCGCAUCCGGCUGUCUUUCACAGAAGGGGCAGCAACACAGGCAGCGGGAGCGGCUCCGUGCUGUCAACACCGGCAAACCCGGUGGUCAAUAAUAGCCACGUUACAGCCGAUGAUUAUCAACCCUCCCUGUUGAUUCAGUGCCAACCUCCUGCUGGUUCAUCCUCCCCGGGUCCCCAUCACCCUCCUCCCCACAGCUUGAAUCUGCAUUCCCAGCCCCAGCCCACACAGUCCACCGGAGCUCAGAUGAAAAAGAAGAGUGGUUUCCAGAUCACAAGUGUGACUCCUGCACAGAUAUCUGUUAGUACCAAUAACAGUAUUGCAGAGGACACAGAAAGCUAUGAUGACUUGGACGAGUCCCACACGGAGGAUCUGUCAUCUUCUGAAAUCCUGGAUGUGUCCCUCUCCCGAGCUAAUGACAUAGUCGGAGCAGAGAGGAGCUCUUCAGAGGAGACACUGAAUAAUUUCCAUGAGGCAGAGACCCCUGGAGCUGUCUCCCCCAACCAGCCUUCGCACCCCCAUACCAUGAACCAGGCGCAACAGCAUGGUGGGGCCAUGGUGAACGGGACUGUACACCAUCACCAUCCUCAUCAUCCUAACCAUGCCCAGGUCUACCCCAUCUCCUCUGGGCCUGGGAGCACCCCAUCUGCUCUGACAUCAGGAGCUUUACCUUGUGUCACCCAGAAAAUGCCUUCUAAUGUGGGGGGCCCUCAAGAGAAUGUUUCCCAGGCUGCCCCUCAAAGUAUUGUUGCUCAGCCUGUGGGGAUUGUGGCCCCAGGAUCUAUCCCUGGAAUGCACAACUCUGCUACAGGCACUACAGUUAGCAUAGUUAAUCCCCAGACCAGCAGUGUUAGUAAUGUGAAUAUGUUGAGUUCUGCCAAUGUGCCUGUGAGAGGGGGGGUCAACACAAGUGCUAGCAGUAGCAGUGGUGGCUUUCCUCUCAAUGUGAUAAGCAGCAGUCGGGGGAGUGGAGGUGCUGCUGUUCCAACCACCACUAACGUCAGCAUGAUCCAGCAACACCAAAACAUCAACUCCAACAUCACUAUGGCUACUACGACUACUGCUGCUGCUGUCAGUGCCUCUGGAGGCAUGGGAGUGCCCAGUGGGAUCCAGGGACGAGUUGGAUCUGCUGUGCUGCAGCCUGUGAGUGCUCCUGUUACAGCCGUGGCCACAGUUCCUGUAUCAUCUGCUCCUGCUAUGCCUGCCACAACUCCAGCCCCUGCAGUGACUACCACCAGCUCUCGCUUUAGGGUGGUGAAGCUGGACUCUAGCUCUGAGCCCUUCAAGAAGGGCAGAUGGACAUGCACUGAAUUUUAUGACAAGGAUAUGCCUGCCCCUGCUCCUUCUUCUUCUGCAUCUGAUACUGGGUCUCUCAGCAUACGUCAGUUUGUCUCUGAGAGCUUUGCUGGGGCCUCGGAGAGGGAAAGCACAAGUGGUAGUUCUGUUAGUAGUACUAUGAGUACAUUGAGCCAUUACAUUGAGAGUGUGUGCGGUGGAGAGGCUGGUGGGCCUGCAGGAUCCCAGCAUGCCCAGGAUUAUGCCUCCCCUCCUCAGGGCUUUCAAGGAAUCCUCCCCAGUGGCUUAAGCAUGGGAGUAUCUCAAACCCAACCUCACAUCCACACCCAGGACAUCACCCAUCCACAUGUGAAGACUACUGUGGCUCCCUCAGGUCCCACAAACAUUCAUCAGCCUGCAUCCAUGCCAGGCCACCAGACCACGAUUGGACUCCCUACACCUGCUGUGCCCCAGCAGCAGCUCACCUAUGCUCAGGCAGUUGCUAAUCAACCGCCAGGCUCCUCACAGAACCUAGUGGGUGUUCAACAGCAGAAGUUAGGCUACGCCAGCCUGCCACAGCAAUCAGCUGCUACCGCUCAAGCACCCACAUUGCCGAUUAGGCCAUCUGAGUACACCCAGCAGCAGCAAGGCAUCCCCCAGGCUGCUGCUUCUCAACCUCUGUCCAACCAAACUGGAUCAGCACCCUCUGGGCCAGCUAAUGGAACUUGCCAGAUGAUGGCAGGUCCUCAGCAGCCACAGACUCUCCUUCACACACAGCCCCCCUCUCAUCAGGCCACCCCCUCCAGUAUGCCCUCUCAUGUCGGUGUAGCAGGUCUUGGCCAGCAGCUGCAGAGCCACCCAAGCCAUCUGGAUUGCCAGCAGCAGAAGCCACAGUCACUCCCAACACAAAUCCAAAACGCAGGCUUGAGCAGCCAGCUUCCCACUGCAGUCCACCAGAGCCAAGCGUCAGCAUCAAGUGUGCCUCCUCCCAACCCUCAGAGUGAUCAUCAGACCCAGACCCAAGCCCAAAACACUGGUAAUAGUGGUCGGAUGCCCCCACAGGGUGUUCCCCAUAGUCAGUCAUCCUCUGUCAGCUUGACCCAGGACCACAGCAGUGCUCAGGCCCUGGCUCAUGCUGCCCAGGCCAGUGCCCUCUAUGCUAGUCUGCCCACCUUCACCACCACUCAGCUGCAGGAUGCCCAGCGGCUGCUCCUCCAGCAUCAGUCAGCUUUGUUGGGGCUGCCCAAGCUCUCUGGGGGGGAGGCUGGAUCUGUAUCCCACACCGGCCAGGGUCAGGAAACUGAGGGCCACGCUGCCGCCACCAGUGCCUUAACUGCCCCAGCUGGUCUCAAGAAUGUUGAAGGAGAGGAGGAUGGUUCGUCGGGAGCCAGCGUUGUGGCCAUCGACAACAAGAUUGAACAAGCAAUGGACCUGGUGAAGAGUCACCUGAUGUACGCUGUGCGUGAGGAGGUGGAGGUCCUAAAGGAGCAGAUCAAGGAGCUGAUCGAGCGCAACUCCCAGCUGGAGCAAGAGAACACGCUGCUCAAGACACUGGCCAGCCCAGAACAGAUGGCCCAGUUCCAGGCCCAGGUUCAGACCGGUUCUCCGCCUGCCCCUUCGACAGCUGCCACGCCGGGACCCCCAAGCACUGCCUCCCUUGGCCAGCCCGCCUCACACAGCUCUGGCCCCUCGGCAUAGCCUGGCCUGCACACACAGACUGACUGAAAGUUUUUGAGUUCUGCUACAGCUGCAGAGCCAAACUUUGCCUUCUACAGCAGGAGGUUUUGCUGUUAAGACAAGAAUUUGCACAUAUUUAUCUCAGAAGGAUGCAGCAGGCGGGACAAGCGGUGCUGUGCUUUACAGUACAGUGGAGGGAGAUAAUCUUGAGAUGCUGUAUGGGGGGGCGGGGGUUGUUUUCAUGUUUUCAGAGGAGGAUUAAUCAUUGAACAUUUGCCAAAUAACCCUUGGUCAUCAACUAGAAUGUCUUACCAAGAAGAAACAAAACACCUUAUCAGUGGCGACGGUAUACUUAACUUUAGAUAAUUAAAAAAAAAAAAUCACUGUGCCUGCGUCUGGAUUUUAAGUGAUGUCGAUUAUACUGAUGGUGGAGAUGGAGCAGUAGGAGGGAGGAGGAUUGUAUUGGUUGUCAACUAUUUUGCUGAAUGAUGUAAAUAUGCGUUUCUCUCUCAAGGCUAGAUCCUAAAGUUGCAGGUCGAGAGACUUGAAAGAGAGAAAAAGCCUUUUCAGAGUGACAAAUGCAGAAUGUGAGCAAUUAUUAUCAUGACAAAGUCCCCAUCUGGAAUGGGGGAGUCGGGGUGGGUGGGUCGGGAAGCGGGCGGGAGGGUAUUUUGAACAACACUUGGCAGCAUUGACGAUGUUACUUCAACUGUGGGUUGAUGGGAUGAACAAACCAUGGUUUCUUAUGGAGAUGAUGAUAAUCUAUUUUCAGUAUUUCAAGCUCCUCAUUUUUGCCCUUAACAAAGCUCAUCAUUGCUGUUCUCUCAACCCUGCGGUGGCAUGUAAUUUAAACCUUAUUUGACAGGGUUGAGACUUCGGGCUAAGCUGCAUUUUUCUUUUUUUUCUUAAAAGUUUGACGGGCAGAAGAUGACGAUGUAUAUUUCUGUACAGUGUAAGUACCAUGUAAAAUAGUGAGGAGAAGAGGAAAAACAACAGAUGCUAUCUAGGUCACACAGAUUGAUGCAGAUGAGCAAGGAAUGCGCUGGUCUUGCCCAGUCUGUGUCAUCUAUUUUUAAUGCUGUAUUUUCAGGACUGUGGAUGGACAGGAGUUUAGGUUAUUUAACUGACAACAACACAGCCAACGUUGUCCAAAUCCCUUACUGCAACAUUAACUCUUAGACUGUAAAACCAUUCUCACUUGACUCUUUCUUUUUCUUUCUGGAGUAUUGCACCUUUUUUUUUUUUUUUUUCUUUUUUCUUUUUUCUUUUUUGACAGUGAAGUACUUUUGGAUGAACAAUAUCUUAAAACUCAACCUUUAAAAAAAACAAAAAACAAUACAAACUCUGGAGAUGUUCUUUCUUUUUCAUUGUGUAUCAGUUGUAUGCUCAUGUUCUGUGCAUGUUUCCGCAAAGACCGGAUCAGAUAUUGUAACAUACAUACCACAAUUGCACUUGACAGCUGCACUUCACAACUUUCAAUAAACAUGCUUAAGGAAGAAUAACAA